GUCAGACACUGAGCCUAUAUUUCUCUGGACGCCCUCCACACCAAAGGAUUCCCGCACAGGCACCGCUGCACUCACCUCACCGAACGUCACGAGUCUCCCUUUCACCAUGGAAGAGCAAGGUCCCCCACCGCAGCAGGGUCCCCCUCAAGGCGGGCCACCACCAGGCUCAUUUUCUAUUCCCAUUCCCCUCGGACCCAAUGGCGAAAAGCCUACGCCAGAGCAAAUAAACCAGAUCAAGAUGCAACUAGAAGCCGAGGCGGCGAAACAUGGUAUCACGGUUCAAGAAUACGUCGGAAGAUUGCGCCAGCAAGCCAUGGCCCAGCAACAGGCGCAAAUGCAGGCGCAACAGCGUGCUCAGCAGCAGCAGCAGCAGCAGCCCAUUCAGCCCGGUCCCCCUAAGCCAGAAGCUAUUGCCGUCGCCAACUGGCUGAAGUCGCAGGACUUGAAGCCUAGGACAGUCGUACAUGACGAGAAGAGGAAGGACAUGUUCAAAGUCAAGCGAGCAAUCCGUGCCCUCCAGUCCCCCGCAUAUCAAAAAGCCCGAGCAAAGAACCCUCUCCUCCCCGAAGUCAUCGACCGUGCCUCCGCCGAGAACUGCUUCAAGCUGCUACCCCUCUCUCUCCUCGCGCUGCGAGUCACAAAGGUCGACGACCAUGCGCACGAUGGCCACAACCAUGCCAAGCCUAAGCGCGUCAAGGGUCUGUGGACAGUCAAGAUCGAGCAGCACCAAGACGCGAAUGACGACAACUACUACAUCUGGCUAUACGAGGGGUCGCAAUGGAAGCAGAAGCUGUACGCUGCUGGCGCACUGCUUCUCGUCAUUGCGAUAGUGCUGUUCCCUCUAUGGCCGCUUUUCUUGCGACAGGGCGUGUGGUACUUGAGUAUGGGCAUGCUUGGUCUUAUCGGAUUGUUCUUCGCCAUGGCGAUUGUUCGGCUCAUUAUCUUCAUCAUCACCGUCUUCGCGAUACCACCUGGCUUCUGGCUCUACCCUAAUCUGUUUGAGGAUGUUGGUUUCUUUGACUCGUUCCGGCCUGUCUGGGCAUGGCAAGAGACCCCCGAAGACAUCAAGGCGAAGAAGGCUGCAAAGAAGGAGAAGAAGGCUGCCAAACUCGCCGCAAAGGCCGCCGGUGGAAAGCCCAAGAAGGGCGCCAUCGACGCUGCCCCCGCUCAAGCUGCACCAGCGCCCGCUGCUGCCCCCGCCUCCGAGCCCGUCAACUCCGCACCACAGCCCACCGGAUCAGAAGCCGCCCCAGAGGGUGCCGUCACACAACGGGCGCCGCGCGCAACCGUGGAGGAGGUAGAGGAGGAGUAGGACUCGUCCAUAAAGAGUACUGCACAUACUCAGAAGAAGAGGCAGACACGUGUUACACGUACUCAUCAGACUGAAGCGGUUUGACACUUUGCAUGGGUUAGCUGGGACGGAGUAACUGGCGUUUACGAGAACGGUUCACAUCCAUCCACAUCUAUGCACGCAGCAGAGAUUUUGGAGGCGGAUUAUAUGGUCUGGGGUGCCUGUGGAUAUUAUGAUUACUGUACAUCUUCAGCGUAGCGACUCUUUCUUGCUACAUACUCCAAUUCGAUCACUCGACAUGUUUUUCACUUGCAUGUCUGAUACGCCUGCUACUUACACAGGUCCCCCAUGCUAAUCCUCUACUUCGCCACCUUUUCAACCUGUUACACUUUAUCACCCUGACAACGUUUUGCCAACUAAACCAGAAAAAUCUACC